AUCCUUUUCCUCAAGCUACUCAGAGCGCUUUCGUACUCGUCCCUAUUGCAAUGAUCUUAUUUGUAUGAGUUUCACAAAGACCAAAUCCCGUGGAGCUUGAAGCCAUUCACGUACCGGGGAACGAACGGAACCAUCGGGCAAUGUACAAAUUGCCUUUGAAAAGAUUGCCAAGCGGUGUGCCCUUAGUAUUUGACUACACCCCCUCCUAAUUCACAUCACUAUUGCGGGUUACAUCUGCCUGAUCUUCUUUCAUCUGCUUGGACCUUCUGACACAGAAGGUUGGAGGUUUAAAAUCUAUCCUAUCAUUUAAUCGCCCGUUCAAAGACAAGAAUGGCCACGCCCAAUGUGAAGGACAUGAUCGAACAGGAAAGCCGCGGCCCUCGACUGGAACGGUCCAUUAAACUAAACUUUGUCGGCGACUGGGGCAUGGCCAACUUCCAUCGCAUAUGCUCAUGGUUGACCCAGCAGUUUUGCGAUCGAGCAGGGCCGGAUAGUCGUGUGGGGAUUUGGAAUGUACGUUAUGGCGGUAUUGAAGCUGUUCUGGAGGUGUUCCGUGGGGAGGCACAGCUUGCUAUUGCAACACCCGCACAAAUGAUAAGCACUGCUCUCACCGGACAGGGCAUCUUCGCCCCUCACGGCCCUAUGCCCUCGUUGCGUGCUCUCGGCGUGCUGCCGCAAAAUGACCGUUUGAUUCUCGCCAUCCACCCCAAGUAUGGAAUCAAAUCAUUCGAGGACUUGCGUCAGAAGCGACCUCCUUUGCGCAUUGCCACGUCUACCAACGACGGCACCAACUUCAUAGGCUACACAGCCUAUGCUUUCAUGGAAUGCCAUGGCAUUACACCUGAGAUCCUCGAGUCUUGGGGUGGCAAGUAUGUCACGGCGCACCGUCCUGAGCAGGCCAUCGGCCUCAUUCAGGCCGGCGAGGCUGAUGCGCUGCUACAGGAGGCUAUCAUGACGCCCUGGUGGGCGGAUAUCGUGGAGAAUCGCAAAUAUAAUGCCCUGGACGCGGAGCCAGCGGCUCUGGAGCGCUUCGCCAAGAAUUACCCUAACACGGCGGCCAUGACGACCAAUCCCAUCCCGGCAGGAUUCUGGUCGAUCCUCACUGAGCCCCUUUCAACGCUCGACUUUUCGGACUUUGUCAUUCUAGUUCGUGAUGACCUACCAGAGGAUGUCGCCCAUCUCUUGACUUGGUGCCUAGUGGAGACUAGGUUUGCGAUUGAAGGUCAAUAUAUGCACCUCAAACCCAACAGGUCUCCCUUGACCUAUCCACUUGAUCCUGCUAAGAUGGCUCAAACAUCAAUUCCGCUUCAUGAGGGUGCAAAGCGCUAUUACCAAGAAGCCGGACAUCUGUGA